UUCAUUUCCGGAGAGGAUGUCCAUAUAAGGUAUGAGCCUGGCAGCGGUCCGUCCCCGCCCCUUGCUCUACAUAUGCAGUACCAGUGGACCCGACAAACAUGGCUGCUGCUGCAUCCCGAUAUUACAGCGAAAGCGACAGAGUGACGAAAAGACAGAAAACUGAAGAAGGCGUCAUGACGACGGAAGGUUAUGAUGACCCUCACAAACCACUGCCCUCUCCAGUGGUGCACAUCAGGGGACUGGCAGAUGGUAUCAUGGAGGCGGACCUGGUGGAGGCCCUGCAGGAGUUUGGGACAAUCAGCUAUGUUGUCAUGAUGCCCAAGAAGCGCCAGGCUCUGGUGGAGUAUGAGGAUAUGAACGGUUCCUGCAAUGCUGUUACUUAUGCAGCUGAAAACCAGGUUUAUAUUGCAGGCCAUCCUGCUUUCAUCAACUACUCCACCAGUCAAAAGAUCUCUCGGCCUGGAGACCCGGAUGACAGUAGGAGUGUGAACAACGUUCUGCUGCUCACAAUCUUAAACCCCAUCUAUCCCAUCACCACGGACGUCCUCUACACUAUUUGUAACAACUGUGGCCCUGUGCAGAGGAUUGUGAUCUUCAGAAAGAAUGGUGUUCAAGCCAUGGUGGAAUUUGAUUCGGUCCAGAGUGCCCAGAGGGCUAAAGCCUCUAUAAAUGGAGCAGACAUCUACUCUGGCUGUUGCACUCUGAAAAUUGAAUAUGCAAAGCCUGCACGACUUAAUGUCUUCAAGAAUGACCAGGACACAUGGGACUACACUAACCCAAACCUGGGUGGCCAAGAUGCUGAUGGUGAAGGCAAUUGGAACAUAUCACAAGAUCCUAAUGCCAAUCCCAACAAGCGCCAGAGGCAGCCUGCUCUUCUCGGAGACCACCCACCUGACUAUGGAGGUUAUCAUAGCUACAACGAUGACGCGUAUGGCCCCCCUCCUCCCCAUCGUAUGGCAAUGGGCAUGGGGGGGCGGGGUCGUGGCGGCCAGCGAUACGGUGCCGGACACGGUCCGCCUCCUGCCGAGUAUGGCCCCCAUGCUGACUCCCCGGUUCUUAUGGUGUACGGCUUGGAGCCCUCCAAGAUCAAUGCUGACAGACUUUUUAACAUCUUCUGUCUCUAUGGCAACAUAGAGAGGGUGAAGUUCAUGAAAAGUAAACCUGGAGCAGCAAUGGUAGAGAUGGGUGACGGUUACGCUGUGGAUAGAGCCAUCAGUCACCUCAACAACACUUUCCUGUUUGGACAGAAACUCAAUGUUUGUGUUUCCAAGCAGCAGGCCAUUGUACCAGGACAGAGUUAUCAGUUAGAAGACAAUACCAGCAGCUUUAAAGACUUCCAUGGAUCCCGGAACAACCGCUUUGCCUCCCCAGAGCAAGCAGCUAAAAACCGAAUCCAGCACCCCAGCAACGUGCUCCACUUCUUUAAUGCCCUUCCUGAAAUCACAGUGGAGAACUUCUUCCAAAUCUGCAAGGAACUGGGAAUCAAGAGUCCCGCAAGUAUUAAGCUUUUCACUGGAAAGAGUGAGCGAAGUUCAUCCGGGCUGCUGGAGUGGGAAUCCAUCAAUGAUGCUAUGGAAGCGCUGGCUAUGAUGAACCAUUAUCAGAUGAAAAACCCGAGUGGGCCUUAUCCUUACACACUCAAGCUGUGCUUCUCUACUACACACCCCACCAACUGAGAAACUGAUGAACUGCUUUUGGUUUCGUUGGAUGUUGGGACACUGAUUUUAUCACAUUCUGAUAAAGAACUGUUAGCUAAAGGAUUUAUGUGAUUUACAAAACACAGACUAAAUUAAACAUUUUCCUGUUUGUAUUCAUUUGUACUUUAACAUCUGCUUUUUUUUGUUCAAUCACUAGUUGAUUAUUUUGUAUUCACAGUAAUAAAAUGGACCGCUUACCCCAAUGUACUGUUUUUUUUAAAUAAAGUGAUGUUACUCUG